UAAUGUAAUUCCGAUUUUCGUACGUACAUCAAAGGUGAAACGAUCCUCUGACUAAAUCACACAUUUAAGGCAAUACUGUUCUGUGACAAAUCAUUAUUGUUUUUUCAUUGUGGAUCAGGCUAGCCCUUGAAUUAUGUGUACUUCACUAGUAGAAAUUGAAGAAAAUGGAAAAAGUGUUUAUUUAUUAAAUCAUAAUUUAAUUAUCCAAAAUGCAUACCUUGAACAGUGUGAAGAUGAAAUAUUUUGUUAUAAACUUAAAGAGCAAAUUUUCCGAUUUACGAAAAAGAAGAAAAGCGCGGAAAAACGUAAGAUUGCUGGAACAUCUUCCGAAACUACGGAUAAAGAAAAUGAACUAAACAAUAUUUCUAUUGUUUUGAACAAAGUACUGGAAAAACAAGAUUUGCUAAAAAGAUGCUUCGGAACAAUUUCAAAUGGUUCUCCUGAUUUAGAACUUAAUGUUGAUGAGAAUUAUUCUUUACAUAGAUCUUAUGGUGAUAAUAUGUUUAACACUUUAAAAGUAAUUGAAAUUUUAGAUUCUAAAUAUAUAAUUCCAGGAAAAAGUAGAUAUUACAAUAUGCGAGUUGAUGAAUUUUGUAAAAUUAUCAUUGAUGAAACUUUCGAUUUUAUUAUAAUUGAUCCACCUUGGCGAAAUAAAUAUAUAAGAAGAUUAAGAAAAUCAGAAUUUAAGAAAAAAUUUGCCUAUGAAAUGAUGUCCCACUUAGAAAUUGAGAAUAUACCAGUAGAAAAGUUCACAGCCAAAAAUUCAAUUGUUAUUAUUUGGUGUACAAAUUCUCAGCAACACCAAGAAGCGAUAUUAAAUCAUUUUCUUCCAAAAUGGAAUUUAAAAUUUCUAACUAAAUUUUUUUGGAUAAAGCUAAGCUCUAAUUGUGGAAAAUUCGAACUUCACCACGAUCUUAAUAGUGAAUCUGGAAAAAAACAACCUUUCGAAGUUCUUUUUGUUGCCAGCCCCAUGGAUUCUGAAUUAAACACAUUAGAAAAUAAUUCUAAUUUUCUGUUGAGCGUGCCAAGUGCAAUUCAUUCUCAUAAACCUCCAUUACUUGAAUUAUUCAAAAAAUGGUUACCGAAAGACAGAGAACCAAACUGCUUAGAAUUAUUUGCAAGGUAUUUACAGCCAGGUUUUACGAGUGUAGGAACUGAAGUCCUCAAAUUAAUGAAUAUAAAUCUCUAUGACCGUGAAAAAGUAGAAUCCCCUUCGGUGAAAUAAUAUUUGUGUUCAUAUUACAUUUUGUUGAAGAUAUCUCCAAGAAGCAGCAGUUCUUUAAUUUAAGUUAUUAAGGCAGCAAAGUCGCAAUUGGUCUUUCCGUGUCCGAUGUCAACAUUCAAAAAUGGGUGUUUUUGAUAAUGCAGUUCUUAGGUUAGAAGUUUUGCUAAUAAAGACAAUUUGA